CUCGGAAUUUAUCAAACCAGAACCACUUUGCAUUGAGGUUAAAAAAGGUGUUAAAGAUGGGUAAAAAAGGAAAAAAAGCCGCGUACGCCGACUGGGAAGAUGAACUAGGACAGGAUAUAAGUGGUCAAAAUGAAUUUUCUGCUCAAAAUGGCGAGGAAAUCAACGAAACAGACGAAUUGAAAGAAGUCGAGGAUUUCAACGCUUCCUCAAACAAAAAGUCAAAGAAGAAGAAGGGCAAAAAGAAUCAGGAAGAACAAGCACUUGAAGAAGAAGAGCCCGUUGACGAGGAACAAGUUCCUAGCGGUCCUGUUGAAUUGACAGCUGUUACUGAAUUAGACGAUGAUGAAUUUGCAUACGAAAAGCCCAAGAAGGGGAAGAAGAACAAGAAACAGCAGGUUGUUGAAGAAGAAGAAGAAGAAGAACAGGCUCCUGUUGCUGCUCCCUCUGUUCAUAUAAAGUCUAAAAAGGAGAAGGAACGUGAAAAAAAAGAGCGUGAAAAGUUGAAGAAGAAACAACAGGGUAAAAAACAACCUUCUUCAAAAGAAGUACCACAAACGCCCUCUGAAGAAGAAUUUUCCAAACCAGCUGCUGUUUCGGAAUCUGAUUCAGCAAAGGGCAAACAAGGGAAGCGUAAAGGACCCAAUGUUGCUGCUCUUCAAAAGAUGCUCGAAGAAAAGAAAGCCCAAGAAGAAGAAGAACGCAGACAAAUAGAAGAGGAAGAGCGAUUGGCAGAGGAAGAAAAACGUUUGGCCGAAGAGGAAGAACGCCAAAAGGAAGAGGCUAAAGAAAAGAAGAAAGAAAAAGAUAGGAAGAAGAAAGAAGAGCUCAAGGCUCAAGGAAAGUACAUUUCCAAAAAGCAAAAAGAGCAACAAGCUCAAGCUCAACGUCGUUUACAACAAAUGUUGGAUUCAGGCGUUCAAGUCUCUGGUCUUUCCGAGAAAACAAAGAAGUCGAAGCCUGUUUACAACAAUAAAAAGAAGUCCAAUAAGAGUGGAACAUCCUCUUUAUCUUCGUCUGGCAUAAUUGAGCCCGCUGCUUCCGUUCCAGAAUCUCCUGCUCGUCCUGAAGAGUCUAAACCUGUGGAAGAAACCGAGAAAGAAAAGAAGGAAGAAGAUGAUGCUGUCUUUGACGACUGGGAAGCCGCUUUGGAACAACCAGAACCAGAGCAAAAGUCAGAGCCUGAGCCUGAACCUACCCAUGAAGAGGUUAAAGAACAACCUACCGAGGACAACAAAAAAUCGGUUGCUCAACAAGAUAGCUCUGAAUUCCCUGAAGCUGCUCCAGUUGAAUCUGAACCUGUCAACAAUCUUCGCUCUCCUAUUUGCUGUAUUCUUGGACACGUUGAUACUGGUAAAACUAAAUUAUUGGAUAACUUGCGUCGCAGUCAUGUACAAGAAGGAGAAGCGGGUGGUAUUACUCAACAGAUUGGUGCUACUUACUUCCCUAUUGAAUCAAUUAAGCAAAAGACUGCCGCCGUUAAUAAAAAGGGUAAGUUGGAGUUUAACAUCCCUGGUUUAUUGAUUAUUGAUACACCUGGUCACGAAUCUUUUACCAAUCUUCGUUCACGUGGUACUUCUCUUUGUAACAUUGCUAUUCUUGUUAUCGAUAUUAUGCACGGUUUAGAGCCUCAGACUAUGGAAUCCAUCCGUCUUUUGCGAGAUAAUAAAACACCUUUUGUUGUCGCCUUAAACAAGGUUGACCGUCUUUACGGUUGGCAUUCGAUUAAAGAAAACGGAUUUCAAGACAGUUUGUCUAAGCAAAAGAAGGCUAUUCAGCGUGAGUUUAGGGAUCGAGUUGACAGUAUUAUUUUGCAGCUUAACGAACAAGGACUCAAUGCUGCCCUAUAUUUCGAAAAUAAGAAGAUGGGUAGUUACGUUUCACUCGUUCCAACUUCUGCUCAAUCAGGUGAAGGUGUUCCUGAUUUAGUCGCCCUUUUGGUUGCUUUGACUCAAACUCGUAUGUCCGAACGCAUUAAGUAUAUUUCGACUCUUGAAUGUACAGUUUUAGAAGUUAAAGUCAUUGAGGGUUUGGGUGCCACGAUUGAUGUCAUUCUGUCAAAUGGUGUAUUGCGAGAAGGUGACCGAAUAGUACUUUGUGGUAUGGGAGGCCCUAUUAUUACAACUGUUCGUGCUCUUUUAACUCCCCAACCUAUGAAAGAAAUGCGUGUCAAAUCGGCAUAUGUGCAUCAUAAAGAAAUUAGAGCUGCAAUGGGUGUAAAGAUUUGUGCUAAUGACCUUGAUAAGGCUGUUGCUGGUUCCCGUUUGCUGGUUGCUGGACCUGAGGAUGAUGAAGAAGACUUGGCUGAUGAGCUUAUGGGAGACCUCGAAGACUUAUUGGGAAGUAUAGAUACUUCAGGCGUUGGUGUUUCUGUCCAAGCGUCUACUUUGGGUUCUUUAGAGGCAUUACUUGAAUUUUUGAGACAGAUGAAGAUUCCCGUCGCAUCAGUCAAUAUUGGACCGGUUUACAAAAAAGAUAUUAUGAAGUGUGCUACCAUGGUAGAAAAGGCUAAAGAGUAUGCUUUACUUCUUUGCUUUGAUGUUAAAGUAGAUCAUGAUGCUGAACUCUUGGCUGACCAAUUGGGCAUUAAGGUUUUCUCUGCUAAUGUAAUUUAUCAUCUUUUCGAUGCUUUCACUGCUCAUCAAAACAAAAUUAUGGAUCAGAAGCGUGAGGAAAAUUCCGAUGUUGCUGUUUUCCCUUGCGUGUUGAAUACUAUUGCUGCGUUCAACAAGCGGGAUCCUAUUAUUUUGGGUGUUGAUGUAGUCGAGGGUGUCUUGCGCAAAGGUACACCUAUUGUUUCAGUUAAAGGUGCCCCCGGUGAAGAGCCUCAAGUAAUUGAAUUGGGACGUGUUGUCAGUCUUGAAAUGAACCACAAACCUGUUGAAAGAGUUAAGAAGGGUCAAGCUGGUGGUGGUGUCGCCAUGAAGCUGGAAGCUGGCGGUGGUUCACAAAUACUGUUUGGCCGUCACGUAACAGAAUCUGAUACCUUGUAUUCACAUAUUACUCGUGAAAGUAUUGAUGCUUUGAAGGAUCCUGCUUUCCGAAAUGAGGUUCACAGAGAUGAAUGGCAAUUGAUCAUUCAACUCAAAAAGGUUUUUGGUAUUAUCUGAUCUGUUUAUGUAGGACUGAAAUUUUGGAUUAGAUAUGAAUUUAUGUUGGAUGUUGCGAGAAUAGCGUUAGUAAUUGUAGGUGAUUUAAGAAUCCCUCAUUAAGGAGUAUUAUAAUGGUAUCGCGUACUUCAAUA